AUGCGCACUUUCUCCAAGAUUUUGGCGAUUGCCAGUUUAGCUGCCAUCGCCAACUCUGCAGCUGUAAAGAGGCAAGUUACAAUCUUCCAAUUUUCCAAUUUCUCAUUCUCUGGGUUUCUGUUCAGCAAGGAAUGGUCUUAUACACCGAAUUCAUGCUGCAAGUUGAUAUUUUUGGCGCAUUUCAUUUGGGGAUAUUCACCUCAUUUGGGACGACAACUCAGAAAAUCAACUUGUUAUAUCGCGGACAUCUCGAAUUUCUCGAAACAUCCGAGUCUUGAUGAUCGCUAUAGCAAAAAUCAAACUAACAAUGCUUCUAGAGAUAAUGAUGUCCUCGAAGUCACUUUGGUUGCUGGUGAUAAUGCUUUAGUUCAUGCUUCUGUCAAGAAUGUUGGAACUGAAGACUUGAACCUUUUGAGCUAUGGAACUCUCUUCGACACUGCUCCAGUUCAAAAGGUCAACGUUUAUGAAGGCGAAACUGCCGUUCCAUUCAAGGGAGUUCUUCGUUCCAUUCAACGCACAGACUUGGCCCCAGAGGUUUUCCACACUCUUGCAGCAGGUGAAACCUUCGAGACUACGUUCAACGCAGCCGAGGUUCACGAUCUCUCCACCUCAACCUACACUUUCGUAGCUGAAGGUGCCAUUCCUUUUGCCAAAGCUGGGUCCACCGAAAUUAGUGAUUCCAUCAUCUUCAAGUCCAAUGCCAUCACUGUUUCCGUCGAUGGUGAAGCCGCCAAAUCCGUCGCAAAGGCUAUCCCAGCCUCCAUCGACCGCAGAACUGUCCUUCAAUCAGGUUGUUCCACCACCCAAAGAUCCCAAACCACCCAAGCACUUUCCUACUGUGCUUCCCUUGCUAGAGCAGCCUCCACAGCCGCAUCAUCAGGCUCCGCUACCAAGUUCAGCGAAUACUUCAAGACAACCUUAGCUAGCACCCGCUCCGUCGUAGCAGCUCGUCUUAGCGCUGUCGCUUCCCAAUGUAGUUCCCUCACCUCUGGUUCUACCAAGUACUACUGCACUGACAUAUACGGAUACUGUGAAUCCAACGUUCUCGCCUACACCAUCCCAUCCACCAACGAGAUUGUCAACUGUCCUAUCUACUACUCUGCUCUUCCAACACUUUCAGGCACUUGCCAUGCACAAGAUAGAGCUACAACCACUCUCCAUGAGUUCACUCACGCACCUGCUACCUACAGCCCAGGAACUGCUGAUAACGGUUACGGAUAUGCAGCUGCUACUGCUUUGACCAGUGCAAGAGCUGUCUUAAACGCUGAUAGUUACGCUCUUUAUGCCAAUGCUAUCUACGUCGGAUGUUAA